AUGGCGACUCUCGAUCUGGCGUCGGGCCUUAUGGAAAUUGCAAAUUCUCUUGCUCAAGAUGAAAUCCCUUUCAAACUGCGCUGUGCUAUUUGCAAUAAACUUGCGAUAAAUGCCUUCCGUCUUCCGUGCUGCGAACAGGCUAUAUGCGAGAACUGCCAAGGCUCCCUCCCGGAAUGUUGUCCAGUCUGUGCACAUACGCCUCUCUCUUCCGACCUAUGCAAACCAAAUAAAGCCCUGAGAACAACUCUAAAGGCAUUUUUGCGAACCGAAGAAAAAAAAAGAGAGAAAGAUCGCCCGCCAGCUCCUCGUCCUGCUACUGAACCCGAACCCAACGAACCGGCUGUCCAUGUGAACUCAAACUCCUUCCCUCCCUCCUCUACGGCCUUAGACCACGUGGGUGAUGCUUCAGAACCCAAUGGCGCUUCCGUUACUGUCGACGAUGCAAAUCAUCCAAACCAUUCUGCUGCCAGCAUGGAAGCAAUGGAUAACAUCAGCGCCUCGACAUUGCCAACCGCAACCGCGGAUGACGCUAUCAACAACACUAGGAAUACACAAGUUGAAGCAGUGCCUGGAAAUUCCACCCUCGGAACCGCUAACAGCCUGUUUAAUGACAAUGCAAACCUUGUCCCGCCGGGAACAUCAGCCCCUUGGCAACCAGAUGCUGACUCCAGCAACGGCACAGGCGACCUCACUUCCAGACAACUGCUCGGAGUUCCAACUCUCUCGCGAGGUUCGGAUGCUUAUGUCAAUGGACAGGGAUAUGGUAUGAAUGGGAUGGGAGGUUUAUCUCAGACCAGUUGGCAAGGGUCGUCGAAUCAUGGCCAAAUGAUGCAAACAUUGCCCGGCGGUGUUCAACUAAACGGGGUGAUGCCAUUCCAAAAUGGCAUUGGACCUCCUGGGAUGGCUGGGAUGGGACUGGAUCCGAUGGCGUCGAGUCAUGGUAUGUUUGGCGGAUAUGGGCUCAAUAUCAAUGGCAUGAAUGAUGGCAUGAAUACUGGAAUGAAUUUCAACGCAGGGCAGGGAAUGUAUGGCGCAUGGGAUGGUCAGAGCAAUGUGUGGAAUGGAGGUCCAGAUAAAUUCAAUGCAAAUCCAUUUGCCAACCGCAUGGUUGCUGAAUUUGGCCCUAGUCCUGGUGGAUAUCGUGGAUAUAAUAUGUCCCAGAAUUACGCAAAUUAUCCUCACAUGCAUCAGCAACAGCACUAUCCUAACAAUGACUUCCACAGCCAAUUUGGUCUUAGUUACGGCCGUGGCCGUGGCAGAGGCCGCGGAUUUCUCCCUAGUGGCCGUGGACGGGGCGGUUUUAUGUCUGCAGCCCAUGGUAGUUACCCAUUAUCUGCUAACCAAGCUUCCUCCUUCCAACCCCAUAUGACCUCGCAUUCCCUCCACCAACUGGAUCUUGUAUCUCCCGCAAUUACCCCAAACUUGGAUCAUGUUAAAAAGUUUAAUGAUGACUUAUGUCCAGGUGGGGAGGAUGAACUUAGGCAGAACCAAGCAACGGACGAGCACGCGGCAAUCUCGCCCAAGAAUGCGGCAACCAACGAAUCAGUCUUGGCUGCUGUGGAGCCUCACGAUUCUAAUGCGCCUACAUAUAAUGAACUUCCUGUCAAUCGAGCCACCGAAUCUGGGACAACCGUGCAGGUAGGUGCUGUAACACAACGAGGGACUAAUGACAACUCAGAUCCAGGUAGUGGCCAGACAAGCGAAGUGUAUAUAAAUGUGUCAGAGGAAAACCGAAAUCAUGAUCUCAUCCAUUCGAAUGAAAUGGUACACCCGUCUCCAACGUUAUUGCCUGCUUCUCAUAACAACGCAACGUCGACAGAACCUCGGGGGAUGGGUGUUGUUGGAGCACCAGCUGCUCCAAGAGCUAUGAGGGAAGGGUUGGCAAAUGUCAGCGUCCGCAACGGCAGAGGGUUCUCCGGUCGUCAUACUGCAAGCAGCCCUACCCUAAAGCGGGAUAAGGAAGUAAAAAGUCGCUCGCCGUCUCCAUCACUGGAACAACCCGUAUCUCGAUAUAUGUCCAUCUCAAGAUCUCCGUCUCGUCACCCGCACCGUCACCAUCGCCGGCAUCGGCAUCAAUCCCCUUCGCCCAGCGUCUCCGGCAGUGACCAAGGCAGGGAAGAGAAUCGAAAGCAGCGACGAAAAUCUCGGCAAGAAAACGAUGACCAGGGGUCCAAUUGUCGGGUUAAUAAGGAUUCGCGAUCUCGGUCGGUUUCAUCAGAUCCUCGAAAGCGAGUGGAAUAUCGAAGUAGGCGUGGUAUGGAGCGAAAGAACGAACAUAAACCUUCUCCAUCCCAUCGUUCACGCCGCCACCGCAGUCGAAGUUCGAGCCCCAAACAUCGUGACUAUGACCGGAACACUAGCGAAGCCAGUGUGGUUGAUACCAGUGUAAAACUAUCUGGGUUAGGUGAAAAACGCGAACUUGUAGUCCCAGGCAGUGAACAUCACUCCACCAAAGAGAGAGCCAAUGGUUCUACGACCCGAGAUAAAUCCAGCCGACAUCGGGACCGGAACCGGGACAGGGACCGGGACAGGGAUAGGGAUAGGGAGAGAGACAGAGACAGAAAUAAGGUUAAGGAUAAAGAUAAGGAAAGAGCUCGUGGACGGGGGCCAAAUCGCGAAAAAGAGAAGGAUCGUGACAGGGACCACGAACGCGACCGCAAGCGGUCUCGUCGUGAUCGGUCUGCAUCCCCAGAAGAUCCAGAUCAUUAUCGCCGACACUCCCGUCGCGUUAAGCGUUGUGAGCCAGAAGAAAUUAGUGCUAUGGAUCGCGAGAAGAAAUCUGCCGAACAUCGGGAACCGCGAGUCCAAGUGAAAGAUCCACAUACCCUAGAGCGCGAGGUACGAGAUAAAGAACGUCUCCUAAAAGAACAACAACGACGAGAUGCGAUGAAUGCGGAUCGCCACGGUAGAAAGAGCCGACACCGUGAGAGCCGUCAGGGGAGGACAUUAGGCGGGAGACACCUCAGUUACAAAUAUGAGGAUGAGGAAAGCGACCAAGCCAGAGCGACACGAGUCGAGCUUGAACGAGAAGCAGCACGAUGGGCUUAA